GAUAACUCCAAAUUGCAGACCCGGCGUGCUCAUAUGAAACGAUAAGUUUGGAUGAACUCGAUAUGAAAAAGUCGAUGCUUACAGUUUGAUUAAAGUCAUGGCAGGCAGUCGAAUUGAAAAGUUUGGAACGAUAUACUCAAGGCUUCAGGGGUUGUUGAAGUCUGGAGCACUGAGUGAGGUGGACUGCCCAGUAUGGAAGUCUGUGUAUGAAGCGUUCCCCCCUCAGAAGGAGCCGAUGCAUGAGAGACCAGUUCCAGAACAGAAAGUCCGGCCUAUUCUGUACCCGGAGGACUUUGUGAGAGUAAAGUACUAUAACACAUUUGGUAACACCGAUGUGGUGGACCUGGGCAAUGAGUCUGUGAAGACAACAUGUCAGAAGUUUGUGGAGAAGUACUUCGACCUUCAGGAAAAGGGAGUCCAGCCAGAGGAUCUGUUUGACAAGACUACAGAGAUCUUGAAGACAGAAAAUGCUCGGCUUCGUUCAGUAGAUGAACAUGCAGAGAUGAUCUCUGCCCAGGAGGCAAGCAGCAAGGAAGAUGGAGAGAAGCUGUAGCUGGUGGAACGACAAAACUGUGUGAAUUAUCAUAUUGGGGAGAAGUGUUUACCAGGGUGCCGUUGUACAAAGCGAUCUUAGCGCUAAGGUGAUCAUAACUCCCAUACCUUAACACAGACUUACGACACUCGUAGCGCUAAGGUUGUUUUGUACAAAGUCACCAAGCACUGGAAACUCCAAAUGUAGAGAGAAACUGUUCAUGUCAAGGCAUAUUUGCGUUUAUGGAAUGGUCAUUGCUGAACGUCUCGCAGGCGAUUAACAUCUGACGCCAUCCAGUACGUAAAUCUGAAAACACAUUUUUGUUAUUUGCAUUGUAAAUGCAAAGGUUAUUGGUAGUUUUUCAAAGUACUGUCUCUCUAUCAUGUCUAUGUCAUCUCUCACCAUUGUGAGACAAUGGACGCCGCUAUGGAAUGAUACAAAGCCAUGCUGGAACAUGCAAUGAUACAAUGUAUGGAGUCAUAUUCUUCCGGGACGACUGAAUUCGAGCUCACCUGGUAAACAGAAACUG